UGAAUCCGAUCGAUUCUAUGAAAUGAAUUUCAUUCAUCGAUCCAAUCAACAGAAGAUACAUUCAACACAUCCGGAUAUCAGAAGGGAAGUGGUUGCUUUGUUGCUUAAACUUUCACGACAGGGGCGAGCAGAUGAGUUACGUGCCUUGAUCAAUGAGCAUGCGGCUGUGAUAAAAUAUAUCAUCAAUAGUACGGAUAAUGAAAAGCUAGCCGCACUGCACUACGCGGCUCGAAAUGAGGCGAUCGAUUGUGUUCGUAUUCUGGUUGAAGAAGGUGGGGCAGAUGUGAAUGUGAAAACGGAUGAACAGUCCACGCCGUUACACUUCGCCGCUCGUUAUCGUCGCCGCGCGGAUAAACCGACGACUGAAUUUAUCGGAGCCACACCACUACGACAACACAACCGGCGCAACGGAGCCGGUGGGAAACGCUAUUCAGUCAAACCUUCGACAGAAAACGGAUCACAACUAUCGACUGUCUCCAAACGAGAUGGUUCUCCACCACGAAUUCCCCUUUUAGAAUCUGAAUGGUCAACCGGAACUCAUAGAGGAAUACCGGUGUACGACGAGGUCAUACACUAUCUGGCCAAUCACGGAGCACAGUUGAACGGACAAGAUGCGAACGGAUGGACAGCUUUGCACUACGCCGCGAUUCGAGGCAAUGAAGUGGCAACACGUCAGCUACUACAAGAGCCGAAUAUUGAUAUUGAGGCAUGUGUAUUGGUGGACCAUGAAGGAAUGCGACCACUACAUCUGGCGGUUGCUCACAACGAGACGGAAAUUGUGCGUCGCCUGUUGGCUGCGAAUGCUGAUCCGUUCGCGGUCACUCAGCGCGGAUGCUUGCCGGUAAGUGUUGUCUGUCUGUCUGUCUGUCUGUCUGUCUUUCGGUCAAAUUGCCUUAUGCAUAUCUAA